AUGGAAAUCUUAAAGAAGAGGAUUAUUGAGCAACCACCUGGUUUUAUCAUCAAAGGACAAGAAGAAAAGGUAUAUAAGUUAAAGAAUGCUCUUUACGGACUCAAGCAAGCCCCUAGAGCCUGGAACUCAAUAAUUGAUGAGCACUUUAUAAAGGAAGGUUUCACAAAGUGUCCCUAUGAGCAUUCUUUAUACUUGAAGAAGAAUUCAUAUGGAGAUAUUCUACUGGUAUGUCUUUAUGUGGAUGAUUUAAUUUUUACAAGUAAUAACAUCUCCAUGAUUAGAGAAUUCAAGCAAUCAAUGGAGAAGGAGUUUGAGAUGACAGAUCUAGGAUUGAUGAGAUAUUUCCUUGGCAUUGAAGUACAACAAAGAGAAGAGGGGAUCUUUGUAUCACAAGAAAAAUAUGCCAAAGAGAUUCUGAAGAAAUUCUCAAUGGAAGAUUGCUAUGCUAUGGAUACGCCAGUUGAAUAUGGCAUUAGAAUGACUAAAGACGGAAAAGGUAAACUUGUGAAUCCAACUUAUUACAAGAGUCUUGUGGGUUGCCUCAUGUAUCUGACAUGCACAAGACCUGAUAUAUUAUUUGGAGUUGGUUUAAUAAGCAGGUACAUGGAAACUCCAAAAACUUCUCACUUAUAUGCAGCUAAGAGAAUUCUUAAAUAUAUCAAAGGGGCAAUUGAUUAUGGACUUCUUUAUUCAUCAACGAAAGAUGUGGAGUUUUUUGGUUUCAGUGAUAUGAUUGGGAUGGAAGUUAUGAUGAUCGCAAGAGCACUACUGGAUACGUGUUUUAUCUUGGUAAUACUGCAUUUACUUGGUCUUCAAAGAAACAAUCAGUUGUUACUCUAA